AUGGAUCCAAUGCAGGCUCAAACCAAUCCUGAACUCCAGAUUGAGUUAGAAAAACAAAAAGAAGAGUUUGAGAGUGCUAUAAGGAAUUACAACGGAGAGGAUCCCUUACAUAAUUACUACCAUUAUAUUUCCUGGGUGGAACAAAGCUAUCCGAAACAUGGGCACACAGGAAAUUUAGUUGCACUUUUGAAACAUUGUUUGGGAAAAUUUGAGAAUGAUGCCAGAUACUCUGAUGAUAGACGGAUUUGUAAACUAUGGAUCAAAUUCAUUGACUUGCAUACAAAUCCUAUCGAGCUGUAUAAUAUUAUGCACGCUCGAAAUUUGUGUCGCGGGUGGGCCGAUGUUUACAAAGCAUGGGCCUACUACCACGAAGUGGCUGGUGACUUUGUGGGCGCGACAAAUGUAAUAGAGCUGGGAAAAAGGGUCAUGGGACAACCAAACAGCCAACAACUGGAUGAUGCACAUAUAAACAUAUUAAAGGCUGUUGGACAAUAUCAUCUUCACGGACCGGACGCGGCUCGCCGCAGUAUCGUAAAAAAAAGGUUUCAGCUCACAUCACUCAUAACCUACAAACCGGGCAGGGUGGAAAGCAUGCGCAUGGCUACCGGGGCAGGCGUCCUGCCUUUUUUCUCCAUACUGAGCGUUGCUCACAGAAAUACAGAAGACGAAACCGACAGCCCGGAACUCGACUUCCAUGAGAAUUCGAUGAGUGGACCAUCUCAUCUCCACCCUGGUUUUGAUAGUGUAAUGAGCCCUUCAGCAGCGGGGCCAUCUUCUUCCACCAGAAGAACCGGGAAAGAAGAUCCAAGUGUAAACAACGCAACCCAACCCACCGCUUCUUCGGCUGAAGAAGAAGAAGAAGAAGAAGAAGAAGAAGAAGAAGAAGAAGAAGAUCAUCCAAGUGCAAUGAGCUCUUCAGCAGCGGGGCCAUCUUCCUCCACCAGGAGAACCAGGGAAGAAGAUCCAAGAAAGCAAAUUAAGCACGAGCUUUACAUAAAAUGUGUUCGAUACCCAACCCAACCCACCGCUUCUUCGGCCGAAGAAGAAGAAGAAGAUCCAAGUGAAAUGAACCCUUCAGCAGCGGGGCCAUCUUCCUCCACCAGGAGAACCGAGGAAGAAGAUCCAAGGUAUGUAACUAGAGAUGGAAAAUGCUCGAGAAUUUAUUUUUGA